AUGGUGGUAGAAAACAUUUUUUAUCUUUGUCUCUUCAAUUUGCAGGAAGUAGAUGAACCAUUGCAACUUGACAUGUCCGAGUUAUGCUUAAGUGAUGACUUCAUACAAGGCAACAACGAAGAUACUUCAGAAGGACACUUCAGAGUCAGGUAUGAGAUUACAGAUGUUCCUGUCAAUCUGCCAUUCCAGAAACCUCCUGCAGAUAAACCGAAUCCUAAACAAGGAAUUGGUCUCUUAUCAUGGAGCAAUGAUAGCCAAUACAUCUGUACUCGCAACGAUAGCAUGCCGACUGUUCUCUGGAUAUGGGACAUACACCAUCUUGAACUUGCUGCCAUUUUGGUGCAGAAAGAUCCGAUUCGAGCGGCUGCUUGGGACCCUACAUGCACGCGUCUUGUACUCUGCACCGGAAGUUCUCAUGUGUACAUGUGGACACCCGGGGGUGCUUACUGUGUAAGUAAUCCUCUUCCACAGUUUACCAUUACUGACCUGAAAUGGAAUUCAGAUGGGAGCUGUCUUCUCCUAAAAGACAAAGAGUCCUUUUGCUGUGCUGCAGUUCCUGUACUUCCAGAUUCUAGUGAAUAUAGCUCAGAUGAUUGAUGCCUUGUUUACCAAUAUCCGAACCAUAUUUGUUAACUACUGGG